AUGAAGUGGUUUUCUUUAUUGAUCAAUUUAUUAAUUGAUAUGGAUGAAACAAAUGAAUCAUCCAAACAAGACUGGAUAUUAAAAGUGAAGAAGCUUUAUAAAAACGACGAGAAACGGUUGAGACAAAUUGCAGAAAUUGAGAACAAUUAUAACUCAUUACAGGCAGUAACGCUAUACACACGUGACAUGUUCGUGUACGAUCUACUCAAUACGAUGUGUCGACAGAGGAAUAUUGAGUGGAUUGUUUCAUUUCGAUUUUUGAUUGUUGAUUUAUACCGCCAGCUUAGAUAUGAACAACAACAACAACAAGAAUCAUCGACAACAAUAUUUUAUCGUGGUCAAUUAAUGUCGCACGAUGAAGUCGAUUUCUUGCAAAAAGAAACAGCAUUUAAUCAUUGUAACGCGAUUCAUUACUAA